AUGAACAAGCUCCUGUCUUUGGCCCUCUGCCUCUACGCCGUGGCGGCCGUCAGACCACCCAACGCUCGAUAUGAAAGUGUGUCCAAACACUUAAACGAGGAGCUAGGAAGGAGAAGUAACUCCAAUAACGGGAAAUCAUUUAACUUAGAAGAAAGCAUCAAAUAUGAAAGGAAGAAUAAUUACGAGCUCUAUGUUGACUCGGAUGGAGAGCUACAGCAGGAACGCUUUGGAGUGAAAGAACCCAGACAGUUACUAAAAAAAAAUGUCGACCAUUUAAGGUAUCUGAUUAACGACUUGGAAGUCCUCACAGGGGUGUACAAAUUCAACGCGAGAGACAAGGAAAAGGUAUUAAAGGAAACAUUGAAGCCGGAGUCUCUUUGCUUUACCAUGUUGGGUCUCCUAUCCAACAACAUUAACAAGGUCCUACCAGUGGAAGACUCUCCCAUCUACGGAUUGCUAAUCAAGGGAGAAAGAAACACCAGCACGAAUGAAGUAAACACAGAACUAUCCAUAUAUGCAAUUCUAUCAAAUCUGUCAGUGUAUGUUGGUGAGUUUAAGUUCCCCAGUUUGAAGACUGCCCCGUAUGAGAUCCCCUUCCUGGUUGGCUACUACAACAAUAAAGGGAACGGAUUCGGAAACAAAACGUUUUCCUACCUUUGCCCUUUACCAACGUUUCUAAUUGAUGUCGUAAGGACUACCAAGUUUGGACUGAAGUUCAAUUUUAAUGGAACCGACUUGGACGCGCAAGAGUUGUUUCCUGCUUCGCUGACACACUGGAUCGAACAACCUUCCAUGGUGCCUGUCCAGACGGGAGACAAGUAUGAAAGCGAGAGAAAGGCCAUGGUAGAGGUGCUCAAUAAAGAAGCCAAGGAUGUGACAUACAGAAAGGUGCACGACACGGGGAUGAUUGAAGGAGUCGGCAUUGUGAAGGCGCAAGAAAGAAUACUAGCCUCCACUUCCUUUUCCAAUAUGAGGGAGACGGUGAAAAGUUUCCUGUCCAGCGGGGGAAAAACGCCCAUGGAUGGAUCUUCCAGUGCACUUUACUUUUUGGCCCUGAGUCAGAAGUUGUUUGGGAAGACAAAAGACACAGCGCAGAAAAGAGUAACCCGUGUGGAGGUCUCCAAUGUGGUGCAAAACAAGGGUGGGUUCUUACAAGGGUAUAGUCUGAAGCUAACUCUAGAGGAUUCCACGUUUGUGGCGAUCGAGGCAAACGUACAAGGGAAGAACAUACUAGUGCCAGGCAAGAUGAGCAGUGGUGCCGCUUCGAUGGAAGUGCCCGUGGCUUACGGGAUCAGCGUGGGCGGUGGUGCAGGGCUGACCUACAGCUUCGCAGGUUUAUCCUUCGACCUGAGCAGCGCCCUUCCCUACAGCAUGAACAGCUUAGCAUCCUUCGUGAGCGCCGUGUAA